AUGGACAACGACUUUGAAUUGUUCUCUCCCCGCCGCCAAUCUGGUGGGGAUGAGUAUUUAGGGAUGGAUCCUCAUCCAGGAGAUGCCAGUCAAGAUUGGACCCAGUGGAUGCGAUGGGAUGAACCGACAUUCACAGACAAUAAUCUCAAGGAUGCAAAUUCAUCAUUGUCUGGAUUCUUUCCGUCUCCACAGACAACCUCCAGCUCUCCGGAUCAGAUCAAGUCGAUAAUUUUCUCCCCCAACCUACCGCUUGGCCACAUGGAGAUGCCCCUUAGCGCACCAACUGGACCAAGUCAGAUCCACACGAACGAUUCUGCCAGGCCUACUUCGGUCCUAACUCAGGGACAGGGUGGCCAAGUUCCUCUGGUUUGCAGCGAUGAAACGAACAGAAAGCGAAAGACGAGCAGUGACGACCUGCCAGUCCCCACAACGGGCCUAGUUCGAUCAAAUCAGAAGAUGCCCGCAAAGAAGCGUGCGCAUAAUGUCAUCGAGAAAAGAUAUCGAGCCAAUCUCAAUGAGAAAAUCGCCGAGCUUCGCGACAGUGUGCCGAGUCUUCGGGCUUUGAAAAAUGCUGCGGGUGAUUCAAAUGAAGAUGAAGAUGAACCUGAUGGCAACACGCCUGCCAACAAGCUGAACAAGGCAUCGAUCCUAUCGAAAGCAACAGAAUACAUCAAGCACUUAGAACUCAGGAACAGGCGGUUGGAAGACGAAAAUACUGCUUUGAAAAACCGACUUCGCGAAUCCGAUAAAGCGGCUGACCAAGGGGUAACCUCGUGCGGAUCCAUUUCCUCUCCAAGCAAUUACACGGCGUCUAGUGAUCCUAGCACGUCGCCUAGUGUCUUUUCCAACCCUGAGGAACAUCAUGAAAGUACAUCAACAACUUCACAUCCUCCUGAGGGCCUGAUUCAAGUACCGGAUGCGUUCAAGCGCUUACGCGAUGAGGGUGCCAAAAGUGGAGGUAUUUUCUCGCAAUCAUAUAUGCAGUCCACCACGCGGUCCACAAGUCAGUCUGGGGACAGAGGAUCGCGCCGAAAAUCUCGGAUGCCUAACAAGUAUAUGAUCGGCGCACUAGCUGGUCUCAUGGUCUUGGAUGGCCUGGCAUCCGACAAGUCAGACACGGAGCAAAAGGGAUUGUUGUCGCUUCCGCUGAACUUGUUGAGUCGCCUGCGACUCCCCUAUGUUGAAUUCUACAUGAAGAGUUUGUGGGCUUCUUGGCAUACGCGAGCCGUCUUUCACGUGCUUGUCUUGGCUGGCCUCGUGGUAGGAAGUGCUUUUGUUGUUUUCGUGUAUCUCUUCAACGCGCAGCCCGUGACCCAGCGUGGUCCUGAUAAGACUGUCUCCGGAGGACAACACGCACCAUUCGCAUCUAGCGAUUUUCGGCGACAGGCGUGGCUCACAAGCAUGCAGCGCGUUGGCGUUCCACGUCACCGAUUCUUCCGAGAAUGGUACGUCGUCACCUCCAGAUGCUUCGAGUACGUUCUUCGAUGUCUCAUGGGCUGGAAGUUGUAUUCCUGGGCCACUGGCAUCACGGAGGAGGACGAAAAGGGCCGUGUCAAGACAUGGGACAUCGCCAUCGAUGCUCAGCUCACAGGAGGUGACGUGGAAAUCAGCAAAAGUCGUCUUGUACUGACCAUCUUUGCGGCUGGAACAUUGCCACGAAGUCCCAUGCGGAUGAUGCUCAAGGCUAUUCAUAUCCGUAUCCUUUUGUGGCACGUGGGCCAGCCGGGAUCAUGGACUUCCCAAGUGUCCAAUGAUGCUGCACGCGCCUUGGCCAAAUAUCAGUGGGCUAUUGCGCGGACAAUAAACAACGCCCUACCUGCUGGCCAUCCAGAUCUGCUGCCUAGCCAUCUGGCUGCUCUAGUCAACGUUGACUGCGAGGAUAUUAUGAUCGACAGUAUUAUUCAACGUGCUGCCAAUUUAACUUGGAACAGACCUACGCAAGAGGGUGUUAUCGACGAUGAAGUUCUACUAGAUGUCGUCGAAGAAGACCCUGCCAUUCAGUGCUCCGUUGAUGCCCUGGCAGCGUGGUGGUCCAGCCAUCUCCUGCAGAACGCCCUACUCAAAUAUCUAGAGGCCAGCGAGGGGGCAUCAAUUUCCAAGAGAAGCCGCGACAUUUUCAAGGAAAAGAUUCGAAUGGCCCUCGACGUGGCGCCCAAACUGUCUGCUGCAUACACUCGCGCCCUUGUCAUGAAGGCUGUUUUCUUUGACAACAAUCGUACUGAGAAUAUCGGUGCAGUGCUUGCCACUUUGCCUCGAGAAAGCUUGAAAUCUGGAAUGAGUCAUGCAGCCAAUUUUGUUGAUUCCUCGCUGCCAAUCUCUGUCCGUGAUGAGAUUUCUCUUGCCGUUCGUUGCGCCAUGAUUUUAGCGCUCGUCACUCCUCGCAAACCAGGCGACAAACCUCUUCCCGAGUCCUUUAGCGUCCACAAAGCGAUUCAAUGGUUCAAUAAGUUGCCCGUUGAUCCUGUUGACCUGAGCUUGCUCGGAUUUUCCGCUGUCUACCAUCUUUUGCAUUUCCUGGCCUCUGAUGUGGACUAUAUCGCCUCGUCAGACUCUUCUGCCACGGCAUCAUCGGUGUCUGAUCCGGAGUCCUCGGGCAACGAUAGAAGAGUCAAGCCAACCUCUCAUAAGCGCAAAGCCGCUGUUCAAGUAGCAGAUUUUCCCAAUCUGGCUCAUGUCGCUGCGCAACUCAUUUACUGGGCUCGAAAUGCCUACAAUCCAGCUUUUUAUGGCUUCUCGUCGCGUCUCGUUGAGAUCAUCGUCAAGUCCUGCACAGAGCUUUGCACUCGUGCAGGCGUCAAUGUGGAAGACUAUCUACAGGCGAUUCCAGAGCCGGUGCCAGCUCGAAAACGUCGUCAACGUCGCCGUCGACGUGAAACGCGUCGAUUUUCCGAAACAGAGCUGAGCCCCAACGCGAGCGGGUCGCUUCUUGGCAAGCCCCUACGACGAGAAAGGUCCGCGAGUAACGACACCGGUUAUGGCAGCUUGAGCCCUGGGGAGGAAGCAAAGCCUGACACAGGAACGCAAUGA